CUAGCGCAGCACCGAUUUCGAGGAUAGUUCCGCUUUCUGAUUUGCAUUCUUAAAAGUCCUAUUCCAUUUUGCUAUCAUCCCACCUUGACAGUGUUCUUUACAAUCCCACCAUGCAACAGCCUUCACAAUCAGCACACCCACCCCUUCACAAAAAACAACGCACCUCAUCCUUCCACUCUCUCUUCAACCUCACCCCACUAAGUCCCUUCCGCACCUUCCUAGCCCACGCCCCCGGCUCCGGCUCCUCAACAAAUUCCUCUGCACAUUCGACCCCCGCUCCCCGCAUCCCACAAAUCCACCCCGGCGAAUACCACACCGACAAAUCCGUCGAUAAACCCCUCUCAACCUCCACCUCGCGCUCCAUCGCCCAGAAACGACUUGCUGAAGCUAAAGCUAAAGCCGAGCUUCCUCCGCAUCAAGAGGAAGAUACAUAUCGCAGUAUCCACUGCGGUGAUCAAAAUUGUUGUUUUCAAUCCCCUUAUUCAUUUUAUCGCACGCGCUCAACUCCAUCUCCUUCUAAUGCGCGAUCCAAAACUCUACUUGAUGGACAACCUCGCUCGAGGUCCGUCUCGAAUCCGAAUUUACGACAGGAGAGUCCGAAAGGUGGCAAGGAUUCAUCUCCGGCUCCGUCGCCUUCGUCUUUAUCUACUCAUCCUUUUCGCAGAUCGCUUACUAUUACUGGAAGUUCUAGACGGGCCUCUUCGCUGUUUUCGGGAAGUCCGCCGCCGCCAGGGAAAUCUUUGACGCCUUUGUAUGAAUAUCCUGAGCCUAUUGGACCGAGAAGCUCGAGUUGGUUGAAUAGAGAGGUGGGAAUAGGGGUAGAGAGGUCGAAGAGUGUGACUUGGGGCCCUAGUGUGACCAUUGACCGUCAUAAAGUCGCAAGGCAGUCUUAUCGACCAAGUGGUUUAUCGCUAUUUUCGUGGACGGCAGAGGAUGCUGAGUCUUGCGAGAUGGAUGGAAAGGAAGGAAUGGUGGAUAAUGGAGAAAGGGAGAUUGCUUAUGAAUGGGAUGGAGCGUUUGGAUGGACGUGGGCUUGUAAAGAAUGUGGAAUAGAAAGAUGUGUAAAAUGUCCUAGGGAGGUGUUUGAACAGAUUGUUGUGGAAGGAGAGACGCUCACUGAUGAGGAAGGUAUUUUUAGUAUCUGUACACCGUGCAAACAUGGGUUCUGUCCAGGGACAAAAAUGCGGUUGAGGAUUAAGUGUAAGAGGUGUGAGGAGGUGGAAUGUGAGGGGUGUGAAGAUUUGGAUGAUGAAGAGGGGUAAGGUGGUGGGACGGUUUAUUGGUUAUCAAUUGUAGGAAGAACUUAUUAGUAACAAUGAUGGCAAUGAUUGAGAUGAGUGGAUAGUAUUCAAUAAACGUAGC